AACAUUUUUAUUCUGUUGGGUUUUUUUUUUGUUUUUCAGCAAGCUACACUGUGUGGAAAGUGAAAUGAUUUGUUUCAGUGCUUGGGGUGGGGCAGAGAGGCAGGUGUAUUUGAAGUGUCUGGUGUGAUGAUAGUAACCAAGAAGUCAUGCCAUAGAUCAUUUGCAUUGAGGAUGAUGUCACAUCAAGGAGAAAUGGGCGAGUUGCUGGUGUUAGUGUAUGCCAUUCCUCCUCCUGUCUUCCUUUCCUAACAAGAAAAAUCAUUAUCUGCUCUCAAGGAGAGGCAAGAGCAGGCACUUCGGAGUGGUCGAGACCGUGGACGGUGUGUCAGACUAGCUGUGUCGGCGUGUUAUGAUGCCAUCUCGUACCAACCUGGCUACUGGAAUCCCCAGUAGUAAAGUAAAAUAUUCAAGGCUUUCCAGCACAGAUGAUGGCUACAUUGACCUUCAGUUUAAGAAAAGCCCACCUAAGAUCCCCUAUAAGGCCAUUGCACUUGCCACUGUGCUGUUUUUGAUUGGUGCCUUUCUGAUUAUUAUUGGCUCCCUCCUGCUGUCAGGCUACGUCAGCAAAGGGGGGGCAGACCGAGCCGUUCCUGUUCUCAUUAUUGGCAUUUUGGUGUUCCUGCCCGGAUUUUACCAUUUGCGAAUUGCCUACUAUGCAUCUAAAGGCUACCGGGGUUACUCCUAUGAUGACAUUCCAGACUUUGAUGACUAGCAGUCACCUCUGCCUUGAAAGAAGUCACGAUGCACCCUCUUUAAGACAUUAAGCUGGAACUAUGGCUGAGGGCUGAGGGAGUCUACAAUUUGCAGUGUUUGGUAAACAAUGGCCAGAUUGUAUGGGUCCAUCCCAAAAAUGCUCACUGAGCUUUACAGUUAGCUAAUUAGGGCAUGUUCUGUUCUUCAUCUCCUGGCCUUGGCAAAGCUUGACAAGUUUUUCCACAUGAGUUUGCAUCAUGCAAGAAUAAUAAGGUUGAUUGUCUGGGAAGCAAGUGAUUCUGUAGUGGAAAGUAUUAACCUCUGUAGAGUUGAACAUUUCUUUUAAAGAGUCAUCGUCAUCAGUUUGUUUUUGUAGUAUAUGGAAGAAAGCAUUAUGUCUAAUUUCUUACUACUAAGUAAUUUAUUUUUAAAAUGUCUUAAGUAUCUCAUUCCUUACAUUUACCUCUACCUUCAUGUUCUGGUAAAAUCAAAUAUUUGUGGGUCUGUCUGUAGUAUUUUUUACACUCUUAUUGACAGCAACUGGGAAUUUUUAAACCACAAAGUAGGUUUUCAAAAUAUAAAGACUUCCUCUAGUUUCCCAGUCGAUUGUCCUGCACAAAAUUGAGGUCAUUCUGUCCUUUGUAGAUCAAGAAGGUCUGUGUAUCAGACCUUUAAUGAUUGGACUUUGGCUGCUUUUAUAGUAAAAGCUGUAGAUAAGUGGUUAGUACUUAAGAGUUUAUAACCCUGUUGCUGGCACCUGGUACUGGGAUAUCAUUCUGCUAAAGAUUACAAGACUUGGCAUGGAUCCCUGGGAAUAUAUGAGGCUGAGUCUGAUUUUUAGCUUGCAAAAAAAAUGACAUUAAAAAAAAUAAAGUGUCAUUAUCCAAAUCCUAGACUUAGAAUGAAUUAACUUUAGGCAUAUUUCAGGAAAACAUUUUGAUGGUAUUUUUAACCCUAAUACCCAGGACUACCUUUGUUUUUAGGUAACUGGCAUUAUAUUAUGAGUCAGACUGGGCACCUAGAAGCCUGGACAUGCCGUCAACUGAGAUUUGGAAGACUGUGAAUAGGGCAGGUUUGGGGGAAAGAAAAUUUUUGGAUAUGCUGAAACUUGAUGUCUACUCAACACCAAGGAGACCUACGGAGGGCAGCUGUAGUAUGCUAUGUCUGGAAGUCAGGACUGGGUCUUGUCUGGAGAUAGAAAUGUUGGAGUUGGUGUCGGAUAGUAUCUUCAGAGCCGUGGGGCUGGGUGAGAUCACCAGUGGAAUUAGUGUAUGUGGAGAAGAAGAAAGAACUCAGGAAAUAUAGCAGUGACCUGAAGCAUCCACCAAGUUUGGUUGUAUUUAGAAAUGGAAAGGAACAGAAAAGGAAAGAAAUGGGAAGGGAGCCUGAGGUUUCUCAGCCCUUGGACCUUGACAGUAAAGAUGUGAAGUGGAAUGUAAUACAGAAGGCUUUUCUGUUGAGUACUGCUUAUAAAGCUAAGGCUGGAUUGUUUCAGCCAGACCAAAAAGCAUGGUUCUGUUAAUAAGGUAAUAAUCUCAGCUCUCAAGAGGCAGAGGUAGGCAGAUACUCUGAGUUCAAGGCCAGUUGGGGCUACAGGGAGACCCUGUCUCAAAAAGACCCCCUGCAAAAAAAAACAUACUACUAAGGAAGGGAAGUCGAAAUGCAACAGAAGGGUAUGAAACGAGCAGUAGACGUGUUGCUCCAGCUUACCUCGCAAGGCUUUGUAGGCGAAUUCCUGACACUGCUUUCCAGAGAUUCCCUCUUCCUCUCCCCCAUCCCCUCAUCCCCUGCCCUGCCUCUUUUUUUUUUCCUGUGAGACUGGGUCUUACUUUGUAACUCUGGCUGAUCUAGAACUCCCAAUAUAGACAUAUAGACAAGGCUGGCCUCAAACUUCCAGUGAUCCUCUUCCUGCCUCUGCCUCCCAUGUGCUGGGAUUAAAGGAAAUUACCACAUUGUUUCAAGCCUGAGGCCUCACUGUUGCUAGCACUCUACCUGAGCCACAGUCCCAACCCAUUCUUUUUCAUGAUCUUACAGGUGUAUUUUUCUAUCCUGUACAGUAUGUAGUGGUAGCACCCCAAGGCUUCAUCCUGGGCCGGGAAUCCCUCUAAAUGUAGCCUGAGGAAUGACGCUGUUCACACUAAUAAUCUCAUUCUAAUUGGCCUCAUACAGAAGUUUCUUUUAUCAAACUGUCAAGAUCAGAUUUGUAUGAAUUAAUUGUAAUUGUAUUCCUUAGUGUUUAAUAGAAAAAGUCCAAGUCUCCAUAA